GGAAGGGGAUUUAAGCUCAGCCAAGAUCAGCAAACAUUUUUGAGUGAGAUAUAUCUAUCAACUACACGAGUGAAUCCCAUCCAGACUCCUACGGGAUUUGGUAAAAAGUUGUUGCUUGAGCUGCCCAUUUUGGCAUUGCGCAAGGAAAGCCAUGUCUCGUUCGUAUUUGUUUCUUACAAUACGCUUCUCAGAGACAUGAGUCAAAGACUGCAGAAAGACGGACUGCAUGUAGAAUUUGUGCGCGACCUGCUGAGUGACGACCCCGUUGGAAGAUAAGACCUUUGUGACGUGUAAUUAGGAAUAUUCGACAAUAUGGGAAGAUCAGAU